GCAACGGAGAUAGUUGAAAUAAGUUGACCUGUGUCUCCGCGGUCGAGCGCGCUCGUUCUGCUCGAAACGUUCGAGCACGAAACGUUACGUUAGUUUGUCGUAAAUUGAGUUACGUCUCGUCGUAUCUGUUGUACGGUUCGGAUAUUGCAUCGUGUAGUCCUCAGUGUGUGCAUGUGUGUGUGUCAAUGAUUCGUUAUUAACGGUGCAGUUCGGCCUGAUAUAUCAGAAGAUAAAUUAUGAUGGUCUGAUCGCGGUUCCAACAUGACUGUGGAUUUCGCCGACUACUUUUGGGGCGAAAAGAAUAAUGGAUAUGACGUGUUAUAUCAUAACAUGAAGCAUGGUGCAGUUGCAAGCAAGGAGUUGGCUGAGUUUCUGAAAGAACGAUCAACCAUAGAAGAAAAUAAUUAUAAGGUUCUGAGUAAGCUAGCUAAACAAGCUGGCAGUAGCAGUAGUACACAAGGAACAUUUGCACCUAUUUGGGCUGCCUUAAGAGGAGCAGCAGAAAAACUUGCUGGUUUGCACUUGCAAAUGGCCCAAAGAGUGACUGAACUAAUAAAAGAUGUAUCAAAAUAUACAGAUGAAUUACAUAAGAAACACAAGGCUGUAAAAGAGGAAGAGUCAUCUACCUUGGAAGUUGUGCAAAGUAUACAGAAUAUUACUGUGACAUUACAUAAGGCAAAAGAUAUGCGUAUGCAAAAGGGUCUUGAAUUAGAAAAAUUGCGGAAAGACAAUGCCAGCCAAAAAGAAUUAGAAAAAGCAGAAAUUAAGUUUAAAAAAGCACAGGACGAUUACAAAACUCUGGUUGAUAAAUAUAUGGGCAUAAGAAAUGAUUUUCAAACCAAAAUGACUCAAACAUGCAGGCGAUUCCAAUAUGUAGAGGAAACACACUUAAAGCAUAUGAAGGAGUUUUUAAACAUCUAUGCUGAUGUUUUGCAGUCAAAUCAUGAACAAGUUGGUCAAGUUCAUAUUGAUUUUAAACGGCAAUGUUCAGACAUGACAGUGGACAAAUUAUUAGAGCAAUUUGUACAAAGCAAAUAUACAGGUUUUGAGAAACCAGGUACAUUCGAAUAUGAAGAGAUCAUAACAGGUUUAGGAGAAAUGACCAGUCAUUCUCAGUUGGAAAGCAAUGUUGAGACACCUAAGGAAACAUCAAAAGGAGCUAAUGGAGAAACAGGCGUUGCUGGUAACAUUCACAGUUCAAAAAACGAUCGGGGAUUAAAAGGGGAGGGUUGUCAGGUGGAUGAGGAAAAGGGGACGGUACAAGAAAAAACAAAUGAAAAUCUGAAUGAAAGAGACAGAGAAUUGUCACAUGCACAAGCCACCAAGGCUUCCCGGCGUACUACCUCGCUACUCAACCUGUUCAUGUCCAACUCCCAGGCAAUGAGUGUUGUUUCAGACAAACAGAAGCAAGCAGGGUCUGGUUCGGCACCUGCAACUCCUCAGGGGAACAACCUGCCUCCUGCUGUUCCACCUCCCAGCAUCUCCAGGAACCCUCUCAGAGGAUCUAAAUUGGUAACGUGUAUUAUGGUUCCUCCACUCUGCACUCUUUUAGAUCAGCAGUGGUUUCUUCGCAGCAGAAGAGAGAAAAGAAAGGAAAAGAAGGCGAAAAAGAAGAAGGAUAUUGUGGAAACGAGCAGCAACAAAGAAGAAAAGUCUGACCUGGAGGAUAAGGAUGACAGUAGAAAGUCUGAAACACCGACACCGGAAGUAGAUGAGGAUGGUUUCUGUAUUAGACCAAAGGCAGAGCCGUGGGAGAAUGAGAAAGGAUUUUAUUCUAGCUCAGAUACCGAUUCCGAAGAUGAGAGGGAACGAAAGAUCCGAGUAGAAAUAAAACCACUAAGCAACGGCGGAGCACCGAUGAGCGCCAGCGUGGACGAACUCAGGGCGACCGUGGAAAAUCUAUCGUUAUCGCCUGCACCGACGGGACGCAGAGGAUCAAAUAACGAUUCAGAUCAUCAUAUGAAAAGGUCUCAGUCAGUGUCACAGCAAUUAGGAGGUAAGCCAAGCUCGGAUUUACUUGGCCUAAACUUGUUCAAUCCUAGCAGUACACCAUCGAGCGCCUCAACGCCGACUGGUAGUCAUCCGUACGCGCCAUUGCAAAGUCCUCCGCCACUGUCUUUGUCACCGACGCCUCAACCACAGCCGCCACAAUCCGCACCACCUACACAUCCUCACCCACGAUUCCCUGAUGGAGAUUUGUUUUCGGAAGUAGGAGACAUCACUCCGGCCUUACCUCCCAAGCAAUCCGCAUCCUCCACUCCGACAGGAUCCAUCAUCAUUCCUAGACCUCCGUCCCGAAGAGGAGAAGGUCCUUCGCCAAGGGGUAGAAUGUCACCGGCAACUAUAUCCAGAGCCGAUAGCGUGGCUAGCUUAGAAUUUCGUACAGCUGGUGUUGGUGUUGGCUCCUCCAGGGGCCCAUCUCCGCUCACGAUUGGACUCGCAGACACUAUACCUUUAGCAGUUGCUUUCCAUGAGAUAGUACACUCUUAUUUCAGAGGUACCGAUGAAACACGGUGUCAGGUGAAACUCAGUGGAGAUAUGAUGUUAUCGUUUCCUGCUGGUAUCGUCGCCGUGUUAGCGAAUAAUCCAAGCCCUGCGAAACUUACGUUUCGCGUGCGAAACAGUAAUAGAUUGGAAAAAUUGUUCCCUAAUAAUCAGCUUGUCAGCAUGGAUGCAACGCAGACAACUGUCGACAGUACAAUUUUUGAAUUCAAUAUGAGUGCCUUAACUACGUUGUUACGCAAACAGGCUGAACAAAACCCUUCAGCUUCGUAUUUUAACGUCGACAUACUCAAGUAUCAAAUCAAGUGCAAGGAGGGAGCAGGUUCAUGCCCUUUCCAGCUGGUUGCCUAUUGGAAGUGUGAAACGACUCAUACCGAUCUUAAGAUUGAUUAUAAAUAUAACAGUCGUGCUAUGGCUUCUCCAAGUCCACUGUUAAACCUUCAUGUGGCUGCACCCAUAGACGGAGGUUUCAAGUCACUGAAUAGUAAACCUCAGGCACAGUGGUUACAAGACACGAAUCGGGUACUGUGGAAGUUCACGGAACUGUCGCAGCACAGCGAAGGUAACGGCGUAGGCUCAUUGAAAGCUCGGGUGGAACUUGCGCAUGGGCCAGGAAACCAAGGAACCAUAUUCACACAGUUUAAUUGCGAAGGGACCACAUUAUCUGGUGUUGAGUUCGAGCUUUUAGGCCCGGGAUAUAGAUUAAGUUUAGUAAAGCGUAGAUUCGUAUCUGGAAAGUAUAUUUGUGAUGGAGAUUCUGACUCACGAAGUAGAUACGCUGCUCCACCAUCCAAUGUGGAUUGACGACUUCCAGAAUGGGCGCCUCAAUGGGAGAGCCUGCCCAUUUAAUAUUGGCACUUGCUUGUUCAUUCACUGCCCAUACCACGACUAAUGUUCGUUCAAAUUCGAAAUCGGCGUGGGGAAGCCUGUUGGAUACCAAAGAACGUGUGCGAUACAAUAAUAAGAUUACAUAGUAGACGAAUAAUUUGUACAGAUGCCGUGAUGCUACGUGAUUUCCAUAUAGCAGAAUGUAAAGUUUAUUCGCGUUACGUGUUAAAAAAGGAAAAGAAAGGAUCUUGGAUACGAGAAAGCGGCAAAUGAAGAUCACAUAAAUUCGUAUCCUUCAUAAAUUAAGAUGAGUAUGGUACGAUAUAUAUGAUCCUAGGCGAAGAAAAUAUUUGGACAGAAAUGUAACGAAAAACAUAGUUGGACUUCGUAAGUCACUCGCUACCUGAUGAAUAGCGUUCUGUGUUUUAUAACUUGUAUAUUUUUCAAUUUUUCUAUAUAUUCUCGAUUAGAUUGUACUAUUUUAGUAAAGUUUGUACGUGAUACGUAAACGAGGUGUAACUACGACGACGACGAUGACGAUAACGACAGCAGAAAACGUUUAAAACGUCGAAGAGUAAGUAGACUUUUCUCGCAUAAAACCUUUGGUGUCCAGCAUAUUUUUCACCACGAUAUUCUCGCCAUAUUAUUGUGUCUAUAUAUAUAUAUAUACAUAUAUAUAAUCAAAAUACAUACGUUAUGACUUUUUUUACCUAACAGCACGGAAAAGCUCUAGAAAAGAUCAUCAAACAGUACAAUGUUCUUAAUCUAUUGUUAAAUUUUGCGUUAAUUUUAAUGUAAUUAUUAUAUAUUGCUAUCUUAUCGUUAAGAAGGUUUGAAAGAAAUGUAAAGAUUCUGUAACACCAAUUAACUUCGUGUCUGUACAUUAGCGUUUCUAUUUUAUACGAAGGCCCUAUAUUUACUUUUUAAAUUUUUCGAUGUAGUCCUAUGAUAUACGUUUUCAGAUCUGUUUUUACCGAUAUCCGCGGAAUUUUUGAAAAAAUAUUUGGUUACACGUACAUUUAAAAAAUUAAUGGUUCUCGAAAUGAAAUCGUGUUUUUUGUUUCACAACACAAUUCAACUUUAUUGCGCGGCGAUUUCUGCGUACGUUGACGCUGGUAAAGAAAAAAAAAAAAGCAAAAAAAGAAUUGCAACGUAGUUUUGCUUUAUUUAUGAACAAAGAAAAUAGCGAGGACGUUAAGAACAAAAUGUUCGAUAGAUUAGUAAUAGUUCAUACGUAUGCUAAGUGAAAUUGGCAAGUAAUGGAAAGGAAAUGCUUUAUUAAAAUGAUUAAACAUACGAUUUUAACAUUGUAACAAACAAAUUAGUUGCGCGAUUUGCGAUUAAUUUUUUAGAUCUUAUGAAAGUUUCGAAGAAUUGCAAGUUAAAUUUCAUGGUAGUUCCACAGUGAUCGUUUCAUUCUUUCCAUUAUUGCAAAAUUAAUUCAAUAUUUUUUGUAUAAUUAUCAUUAAAUAUUUCCUAUAUUUAUUAUUUUAAAACGAGAAUUACUACGUUAACUUUUAAUGUGAAUCGACUGUAUCCUAUCGUUUUCUUGUUUUUCCUUAUUCUUUCAUUUUCAGUAUUUUUUGUAAUGAUUUUGCGAUAUAUUCCUAAAGCGAAUCGACCGUUUUUAGAGACAGUCCAUCUCGUUUAACAGUUACAUGUGCAUACAUACCGCCUGUGUGUAUAUGUAUAUGUGUAUAUAAAAACGAAGUAAUAACUUUAAGAAUAAGUCUGAAAAAAUCGAAUUCGAAUAUUAUUAUAUAGUCCAGCACACACGAUGCUUCCUUUUGUGCAAAUUUAGAUUAUCGGCAACAAGUUGUAUCCUCGUGCAUAGUUCACAUAGUGUAAAAUAUUUUUUUAGUUUCUUCCAUUCGUUUUAAAAGUUAUAACAUUUUACUUUUUAAUUUUUUAUUGAUAUUUUAACAAAGCUAUUAGAUUUUAUGAAAACUAUCUUGUUUAUUUCUUCCCUAAUGUUAUAUUUAUAACGUCCGAUAAAAAUGACAAAUUCAGUUAACAUACUCAAAGAUCUAGAUUGUCCAAUUUUGAUCUAUGCACGAGUCCCAGUGAUACUUGUUGCAAGGUAUUCGUUACCUGGCUCUAAAAGUGCAUUAUCCUUUAAGCUAUGAAGUAAUUCGUAGAAAAAGUGCGAACGCUAUGUUUGGUUAUUGAAUGACAAGCACGGUAAACUUUUUUAUAGCUAUCAUUCAUUUGAAAGGUACAUUGUAAGAUGAUUUUAUAUUUUAAGAAAACUAUUUAGCGUUUAACCGCGAAGCUCCACCUCUAUUUUACGAAUUUACAUUUCAUUUUGUUAUUAUUAUAGUAAUGAUUACUAUUAUUAUCAUAUACUCAUGUGAAAAAGGAAAACAAAGAAAAGGUCUACGAAGAGCAAUAUAAAGAAACCAUCUAAGUAAUGCGAUAAAAUUGGUGACCACUCCAUUUGAUGUUGUUUAAUACUUAACAAAUAUGUUGAUAUGUUUCUUUUAGUAAAGCUUUUACAUUGAUUGAUCCUAUUCUGAAAGCAUUCGAUCGGAAAAAAUUGUUUGGAAAUGUUUGAUUAUGUACAUCGACAGUAUUUAAAGAUUAAAUAUCUAUCUUUGGUACAUGGUUGGGCAUGAUAAUGUUAAAAAAAAAAGAUAAAUAAGGACGAAGAAAAAAAGAAAAGAGCAUACGAUUAUUAUGGAGUGGUUCCUGCGAAAAAUCGACUGAGCUCUUCUGUGAUACGCAGAUGUCACUAUAAUUUCGUAAUAAAUGUUUGUAACGAAACAUAAUUAAUGUUAGUAUGAUCGCGUUCACUUUCUUCCUGACUGAAUUCCCGAACAAAGAACUGACGGUGUUUAAAAAGAAAACGUGGUUUAACUACGGCUUUUAAUCACCCUUUGAUAUCAUUACAGUCGGGCAUAAGUUUUUUCGAUUCCUAUGCGUACGAUUACGCAGAAAUAAAACAUAUGAUUAGAUUUUAUGCGACUCGCUUUUUACGUAUUAUUGUAAUAAUGACGAGAAAUACAAUUUUAUCAGAUUCUGAUAAAUAAAAUCACACACACACAUACACACACAUACACGAAAGAAACUUUAACAAACACGCGCAUUUUGUGUUGGAAUUGACACGCAUACAAAAAAAUAAAGGCAGUCGUGUGUACAGGACUUAAAGUCAUGUGUGAGAGAAAGGGAGCAUGAAAAAGGAAUGAAAGGAAGAGAGAAAGAGAGAGAGAGCGAGAAAUGCGUUAAAAGAUAGGAUUGCAAUGCAAUUGCAUAUACAUAAUAAACUCUUAUACAUAGUAUAAAUACGAACAAAAAGAUAAAUUAAUACGAUAUACAUGUUACAUGAUACAUAGAAUGGUUAUGUAAGCCUGUUGACAUGUAAUGUCUAUGUUCUAAUAAAGAUUAGGAUAUUUUAUAUAUAAAUAAA